AUGAGCUCUACAAUGGGGGAAGCAACGUCUAUUCCAAAAAGCAGGUCCGACACGGAAAUCACGCAAGAACACGCGCUGCUAGACAGUCCUGAGACGGUUGAGACGAUGCUGAAGGGCCGCAAACAUGUACGGACGCCUUCGCACCCGAACGAGCUGACACGAACAUCCUCCUCUUCGUCCGGCAGCAGUAACUCCUACCAGGAAGAUUGGGAACCAUUUCCUCCAUUAGACAGGUUGACGGUAUUCGAUCUUUUGAGCAACUUGGCGCUCCCUCAGAAGCUUGAGAAAUGGCAGAACACCCUAACUGCACAAAAGGCCAAAGUAAAGAAGCACCAGGAGAGGUUAAAAUCAACAAGCAUACAAGCAAAGGAAAGAAUGGUGGGCGAAUGGCGCAAGAGAAUGCCCACGUCAGAGGAGCAGCUGGAAAAAUAUCGAAAGCGCAUGAAAGAUUCUGUCGAGCGACUUGGCACUCGCUGGAAUGACACCGCUACCGUUACUCUCCGUGAGAAGGUGUCGUUUAUAGCCGGUGUCCUUAAUAUUUUCUUCAGUGGAUACCUUAUUGGGGCAUAUCCUAUUUAUUUCCACUACUGGUUUGCUGGGCAACUUCUCUACUUUAUGCCUAUUCGUUUCUACACUUACCAUAAAAGAGGAUAUCACUACUUCUUGGCAGAUCUCUGCUACUUUGUCAACUUGUUGACGGUACUGAGCAUAUGGGUUUUCCCACGGUCAAAGAGGUUGUUCUUGAGUACCUACUGCCUUGCCUACGGGAAUAAUGCAGUCGCCAUAGCAAUGUGGAGGAACUCAAUGGUGUUCCACAGUUUGGACAAAGUUACUAGCCUAUUCAUCCACAUAAUGCCGCCGGUUACCCUUCACUGUAUCGUCCACCUGACCCCGCAUGAGCUGCUACAGAAGCGCUUUCCUGCUGCCUACAACAUCAAAUAUAGCUCUGUGGGUUCCCCAGGUCAUUACUCUCUUGCCGGCAUGAUGUUAUGGGCCUCCAUACCUUACGCAAUUUGGCAGCUCUCUUAUCAUCUUCUUAUCACUGUGAGACGUCGAGAGAAAAUUGCUGCUGGCCGUCCUACUAGCUUUACGUGGCUACGUCGGUCAUAUGCCAAAACUUGGAUUGGCAAAUUUGUUCUUAGUCUUCCAGAGCCUCUCCAGGAGCCCGCCUUUAUGCUUAUCCAAUAUAUUUACGCCCUACUAACAUUAACUCCAUGCCCUCUGUGGUUCUGGUAUCGCUGGGCAAGCAGCACCUUCCUUUUCGUCGUAUUUGUAUGGAGCAUCUAUAAUGGGGCGACCUACUAUAUCGAUGUAUUUGGAAAACGCUUCCAGAACGAACUUGAGCAGCUGAAACGAGAUGUCAGUAAAUGGCAGGCAACCCCGGACGGCGCAACUACUCCGGAUGGGAAUACUGCGUUAAAGAGCCUUGAUGAUUUUGCUGUUGGCCUACCAGAUAAGCCAAAUCAUUCUGCUGCGGAAGAACUCCCGAGACUUAGCGGGCAGGCAAGCCCAACUACUGAAACAGUAGCUUUUUCUACAGGUGUGGACAGGAAGUCGUCGUGA